CAUGUGAUCAGCUGUGUCCAAUCACAGCUGAUCACUGAUCAUCAGGGCACUGAUGAUCAGUGUGGCCCCAGAAGUGCCACCUGUCAGUGCUCAUCAGUGCCAGUGCCCAUCAGUGCCACAUCAAUGCCACAUAUCAGUGCCCAUCUGAGCUGCCUUUCAAUGUCACCCAUCAGUGCCAGUCAGUGCCACCCAGCAAUGCCAAUCAGUGCCACCUAUCAGUGCUGCCAAUCAGUGCCACCUAUCAGUGCCAGUCAGUGUCACCUAUCAGUGCACAUCAGUGCCAGUCAGUUCUGCCUAUCAGUG